AUGGAGACACGGAAGCUCAAUGAGUUGCCAGACGAACUGGUCUUGAAGAUAUUCUCAUUCCUUCCGAUGUUUAAAGAGACCGUAGCAACGCAUCUCCUAACAAAACAUUGGGAGGAACCUUGGGAGCUGGUGCCUGAUGUCAUGUUUGAUGAUGAUGAUGAAUCAUCCGAGAGUUUUGAGGCUUUUAUGAGAUUUGUCUAUGGAUCUUUGCUGUCUAACGAUGCUCAGAUUUUAGAGAGCUUGCAUCUCAAGCUUAGCCGAAACUGUUCGGUUUCACACAUCAACUUUUGGGUUAAAAUCGCGGUUGAUCGAUCUGUGAGAAAGCUGAGAGUUAACUUGUCUGGCAAAACCCUAGAAUUGCCGAGUUGCUUGAGUACAUGCACAACCCUAAAGUCGUUGAUACUACGUGAAGUAAGUGUCGAGGUUGUGACUCUUGGGUUUCGUUUUCCAUCGCUCAAAAGUCUACACCUUUUGUCGGUUGAGUUCUCGAACGACGACGAUUCUGUUACAAGUCUUUUACAAAGUUGCCCGGUUCUUGAAUAUUUGGUAGUGCACCAAACCAAAGACGACGUCGAUGUGAUGUUCAAGGCUGUGCCGUCCGGUUUUUCAUUGCCAUCACUCAAAAGUGUACACCUUUUAUCGGUUAAGUUCUCGGAUGACGAAUCUCUUGCAAGUCUGUUACAGAAUUGCCUCGUUCUUGAAGAUUUGGCUGUAAAGAAAACCAAGGAUGACAAUGUGAUGAUAUUCAAUAUCAAUGUGCCUACUUUGAAGAGCUUAUCUGUUGAUAACUCAAAAGGGAAACGAGACUACGUUGAGGAGAUUCAUGGGUUUGUGAUAAAUGCUCCUUCGUUGGAGAAAUUGAACUUUAAGGACACAUGCAGUAACUUUCUAACGUUUGAGUAUAUGCCUGAGGUGAUCAAGGCGAAUAUUCAGCAACAUGGUUCUCGUUACAACGAUCGGAUGAAUCCCUGGGACAAACCAACAGAUGUUCCUGAUUGUUUAUCGAAGAAUCUCGAGGUGUUGGAAUGGAGACAAUAUGAAGGCACAGAGAAAGAGAGGGAAGUGGCUGCCUACAUACUAGCGAACGCUACUUGUCUAAAGAUGGCGACAUUCUCAACAAGAUGUAGAAACAAAUAUCAUCGCAUGUUGAGGAAGUUAAAGAAAAUGCAUAGAGUUUCAGAGACAUGCCAGUUAGUGUUUGAGUAA